AAGUAACGUUAGCCACCAAGCCAUGGAGACGUGUUUCUACCUAGCUAGCUGACAUUAGAAACAGCUAGAAAGCCCCGGUUGGUUUACUUUCCUUGGUAACUAGCUAAGUAACGUUAGCCACCAAGCCAUGGAGACGUGUUUCUACCUAGCUAGCUGACAUUAGAAACAGCUAGAAAGCCCCGGUUGGUUUACUUUCCUUGGUAACUAGCUAAGUAACGUUAGCCACCAAGCCAUGGAGACGUGUUUCUACCUAGCUAGCUGACAUUAGAAACAGCUAGCAAGCCCCGGUUGGUUUACUUUCCUUGGUAACUAGCUAAGUAACGUUAGCCACCAAGCCAUGGAGACGUGUUUCUACCUAGCUAGCUGACAUUAGAAACAGCUAGAAAGCCCCGAUGAACAGCAACGGGAAUAAGAGGGUACCGACCACAGCCACCCAGAGACUAAAACAGGACUACCUCAGGAUAAAGAAAGACCCUGUGCCUUACAUCUGUGCUGAACCCCUACCAUCCAACAUCCUCCAAUGGCACUAUGUUGUUCGAGGUCCUGAGAAGACCCCAUACGAAGGGGGAUAUUAUCAUGGCAAAUUAAUAUUCCCUCGGGACUUCCCCUUUAAACCACCCAGCAUCUACAUGACCACACCAAACGGGAGAUUUAAGUGUAACACUAGGUUAUGUCUGUCCAUCACUGAUUUCCACCCGGACACGUGGAACCCAGCCUGGUCCGUCUCCACCAUCCUGACUGGUCUGCUCAGCUUCAUGGUGGAGAAAGGCCCCACUCUGGGUAGCAUCGAGACCUCUGACUACACUGUGAGUUGGUAUUACUGACCUUAGUAUGACUGA